GCAAAACUCAGCCGUUUGAAUUGACUCGGGCUGUUGGGCUCCGAGAGCUUAUCAAGCUGCCUGGGUGUGUUUGACUUUCAGCUCUCUCUUCAGUCACAGUAAGACGGUGACUCUAACAUCAUCUCUGCAAAACAUCUCUCAACAGGUCGAGGUGACAAUGUCGGUAUUUGCUCGAUUUUUUUCUACUUUUAGUACUUUAGCUCGUAAGCUAACACAUUAACCGUCUCCGGGUUAGCGUUUGAGCGUCACCAUGGUGACGAACCGUGGUCGAGCCAAAAACAGAAGGGAUGUAGUUCGGAACCGUAAGCUGAAAAAGAAGGCGGCCAAGGUCUCGAAGACUCCCCAGCGAGCCCGGAAAGACACCAGCAUAAGGACAGCGGUGACUCGUUCAAAGGCGAAAAAGCUCCCCAAAAAAGUUCCUGCCAAGAAAGAAGAAGAGAAUCACUCUACUUCACACAAACGUGAUGAAGAAGUUGCAAGAAAACCUGCAAGAAAAGUUAUCAGGAGAUCUUCUAGACUUAAGAACCUUACAGGGGGUAAGAAGAAUGGGAUCAGGAAGAGUACCAGGAAAACCACACAGACGACUACAUAUGAGGCCUCCAAAAAGUUUGACGUCAUCAACAGCAACCACGGAGACCAGAAGGAUAUAACCAAUCAGAAGAAGAAAAAACGACUGAUUAGGGACAAGAAAGAUGGAAAGAUUGCCUCUAAAGAACAGAAGAAGAUAACACCAGAACCGCCGCAAAGAGACCUCAUUGACACCACAGAUGACAUCGUUGAUGAUGUAGAUAGUGGGGUUGGAACAACUGCAGAUGAGGAGAGUAACUGCAGCGUGACUGAGAAUUUCGAUGUCAUACAUUGCAAGGCCUCGUCUCCUUACCAGGGACCCAAAAGAGGAAAUUUCCAGGUCAAUUCAUCAGGAAAAAGCAUACCACGCAGGCGACCCUACAGGGCGGCUCAGAAUGCAUGGUCGACUGAUGACGCUGAUUCAGAUGAUGAAAAGGCCUCUAGCAGCAACUGCCGUUCACUCGGUCUGCGUACGGAGGAGCUUUUUAGUUCUCGCAGAGACAAGCUGGCCAUGGGAGCAGGUCUGGCAGACAUUGAUCCCAUGGCUAUUGAUCGGAAGGUGGGCUUUGACAGUAUCGGUGGGCUGUCGGGUCACAUCUCAGCUCUAAAGGAGAUGGUUGUCUUCCCUCUUCUCUACCCAGAAGUCUUUGAUAAUUUCAAGAUUCAGCCUCCCAGGGGUUGUCUGUUCUAUGGCCCACCAGGGACUGGGAAAACACUGGUUGCCCGGGCGUUGGCCAAUGAAUGCAGCCAUGGCAACGAGAAGGUGUCCUUCUUCAUGAGGAAAGGAGCUGACUGCCUCAGCAAGUGGGUGGGCGAGUCGGAGCGGCAGCUGAGGCUGCUGUUUGAGCAGGCGUAUCAGAGACGUCCCUCCAUCAUCUUCUUUGAUGAGAUUGAUGGCUUGGCUCCUGUUCGAUCCAGCAAACAAGAUCAGAUUCACAGCUCUAUUGUGUCAACUCUGCUGGCUCUGAUGGAUGGGUUGGAUGGUCGAGGAGAGAUUGUGGUGAUCGGAGCGACAAACAGGCUGGACUCCAUCGACCCAGCUCUGCGGCGUCCGGGACGCUUUGAUAGGGAGUUUCUGUUUGGCCUUCCUGACAAAGAGUCUCGUAAAGAGAUUAUGAAGAUCCACACACGGCUGUGGAAACCUCCUCCUUCAGAAGACUUUUUGGAUGAACUUGCAGAAAAAUGUGUGGGUUACUGUGGUGCCGACAUCAGGGCGGUGUGCACUGAGGCAGCACUGUGCGCCCUGCGGCGUCGCUACCCACAGAUCUACGGCACCUCACAGAAGCUCUUGCUGGAUGUCUCCUCCAUCUCUGUUAGCAGCUGCGACUUUGUGGCGGCUAUGAGGAAGAUGAAGCCGGCGUCUCAACGCUCCAACGCCUGCCCUACAAAACCACUGUCAGCUGUGGUCCAGCCCCUGCUGCACUCAGCCCUCAGCCACAUCCUGGAAGUUCUGCAGAAGAUGUUUCCACACGCUGAACAGGGGAUGAAGAGGAAGAGGGAGCCUGAUCUGACUUCUGGUAUCCUCGAUGAUGGUCUAAUGAGUAGUGGAGAUGAAGGGACCUCAACCUGCAGCAUUUCUGCUCCUUCCACCUCCCAGAACAAAAACUUUCUGCAUUUUGCUAGGAGUGCUGUCAAACACCCAACAUCCCACCGCCCCCGAAUGCUCCUGGCUGGUCGCCCGGACUCUGGUCAGACAUCCCACCUGGCCCCUGCAAUUCUGCAUGCCCUGGAGCGUUUCACUGUCCACAGCCUGGAUUCUGCGGUGUUGUUUGGUUUCAGCUGGACUUCUCCCGAGGAAGCCUGUGCACAGGUGUUUUGCGAGGCCAAACGGACAUCACCCAGCAUCCUCUACAUCCCUCACAUCCAGCAGUGGUGGGACACGGCAGGAUCAGCACUUAGAGCCUCGUUUCUCAGCUUGCUGGGCAGCAUCCCCUCUUUUUCUCCCAUCCUCCUUCUCGCCACCUGCAGCGUUCCUCACCAGAAGCUCGACACAGAGGAGAGAACAGAGUUUUUUGAGGAUCUCAUUUUGAACCAGGCGGCUGAACCUCCGCCAUCUAAGAAUAAAAGAAUGACCCAGAACAUGGAGAUCCUUCCUGUGGCUCCACUUCCUCCCCUGAGACAGAUGAGCGAGCAGGAGCGCCUCCGUGUGGAGGAGCAGGAAGAGGAUGUGCUGAGGGAACUCCGCCUCUUCCUCCGUAACCUCACAGAGCGACUGAUGGUGGACCGCCGCUUUAAGGCCUUCACCAAACCUGUCGACAUAGAGGAGGUCCCAGACUACCUCAUUGUGAUCCAGAAGCCCAUGGAUCUCUCCACCCUGCUGUACAACAUUGAUGAGCAUAAAUAUGUCACUGUUGAUGAGUUCAUGUCAGACGCAGACCUCAUCUGGCAGAAUGCUCUUGAGUACAACCCAGACAGAGACCCAGCAGAUCGUCACAUCCGUCACCGUGCCUGUGCCCUGAAAGACACAAUGCGAGUCAUCGUCAGAGAUGAGCUGGACAAGGAUUUCCAGAGGAUCUGCGAGGAAAUUCGUGAGUCUCGGCUUGAGAGAGCAUUAUCCCACAGGGGCAGAGCCAAUCUAGAGUUGACCAAUGGCUUCUACAACUCUGUGUUCCCCAGAAACAGCACUGGACCACAACUGCGUAAGAAAAAGACUUUCAAAUCGUCUCGAAAAUCCAAGUGGAGCACUGGUGUCAUUAGGAAACAGCAACGAAAGAAGACAGCUUCAACCUCCUCAAUGUCCAGCAUAACCAGUUCAGAUUCAAGUACAGAUGGAAUGGGAGGAGAGAGUAGUUCUGUUGGCCAAACCUCAUCCAGUUUGUCAGACAGCAGCGAUGAUGACGAGAAGAUCUUCCUGAAGCUUAACAGGCACCAUCAAGACUUUAAAGCUCUCCAAAAACGUCUUAAGCAAAGAUGCAAUGAGUCCAGCAGCAGCACUCCCAAAAUUAAACUGAAGUCCAGCCAGCCUUCAAAGUCUGACCCCAUCCGAAGGAAAUCGUUGACGGAGUUCUAUUUAAAGAAAUUAGAGAGGCAGAGAAAGUCUGAGAUGAGAACAAACAAGGCUGUUUUUGAGCAAAUGCAGCAGUUCAACAAGAACAGAUCUGCAGAGAGUGUUGACGAGCAAACACCCGACCUCGUAGUUGAUCACAAAAAGCUGAAAGAGCUGCUGAACAGGGCAAUAAUUAAAACAGAGGCUGCUGAGGUAGAGACUCUGGAGAAACUUUAUGCUCUGUUGGCUCAAUCCAUCUACAGACACAGAAACAUCUACAACAAGACAGAGCUCAUUAAGGAAAUGAAGAAGGAAAUUGAGAACUUCUCCUGAACUACAAUAAUAAAACCCAAGUAACUUUAAAUGUAAAGUUUUCUUUUGUUUUUAUAUUAAAGUGGCAGUAUUAAUUUGAGCUUUUUGAGCUUUACGUCAUCUUGUAAUGUUAUUCCCCAAUCAAAAACAUUCUUGGAGUGUUGCUUUGAUUCUUUCAUGCAUGUUUGAGAAAUCAUUUAAUUUCCCUUAGCAACCAUUCAGCAGUGCAGAACACUUGGGGGGCUGAGGAUGAAGCUCCUCCUUGGAGCUGCAGUUUUCAAACUUCUGAGCUACUGCCUCACAAAGCACUUCUCCCAAGUGGUUUCCCCUUUCAGCUCCUUCUGACUAGCCAGCACCAAUUAGUAAACACCUGAUGGAAAUGUGCAUCAGCUGAGUUCAUUGUAUGAGUUACUUCUCAGUGCAACAUUGUUAAAGGGUUAAUGGUUAAAGGGUUAAUGUUGUGGCGACUUCCUGGAAAGGAGACAGAGUCCCAGUUUCAAGGCGUUAAAUUAUGAAGCUGAUUUUCUUUUAAGUGAUAUUUGAGAUAUGCAGCAUUUUAUAAGAACUGAAGGUGACGUAGUUACUUGAUUGAUCUACAAAAUUUUAUUAUGUAGCUAUAGCUGGGAAGCACAUGAUACUGCCUCUUGAAAGUAUAUUUAUAAAUUGUUGCAAAAAUUCUAAAUACCUCAGUAUUUAUAGUAUUGCACCAGAUUCUCUAAAGAUUUAUUGCUUUGACAUUUUACUAAAGGCAAAGCUUCUGACCAGUGUGUUUAUUUACUGAAUUUAUCAUGACAUGCACUUUAUAAAAGUGUAGUUCUGGGUAAAUGAAAAACGUUGACUGUGUGUUUUGUGCAUCAGCCCACUAAAGUGUGCCUGUUUGUUUGUGUUUAGAUUGUCAUAAGGAUUUUUACUUUUAAACACAACUGGAUUUACAUCCAAUGAUCUGUUGGUAUUAGAUUUCAGCAUCAAAUGCAGCAAAGAGAGUUUAAGAUAAAAUUGCUGACAUUUCACAUGCUUUCUAUUUGCUGAUGUUAAUAGAUGACAUGUUUGGUUGAAAUAAAUAGUUUUGAAUGUAACAUUACCUUUA